GUAGUUUUUAUUUUGAAUUAAAAACUUUACCAAUUAUGUUUGGAAAAGUUUUUUCUCGUUAGUUUCUUAGUUUUUUUAGUAAUAGUGUUAUUCACAUUUUGUUUAUUAUUAAUUCAAUUGUAUCCUUUCAUAUUUUACUAAAUUUUCUACAAUGCAUUAUGUUCAAAAGUAUUUGGAAAAAUAUCAAUUAAUUAAAACGACCAAUAAUAAAAUGAGUAAUGGAAGUAACACAAAUAUAUAUCUUUACUGUAAUUAUUAUAGUUUUUAUUCUCAAAAGGUUUUAAUGACUUUAUAUGAAAAAAACGUUGACUUUGAACCGUUAAUCGUGGACAUUACGAAAGGCGAACAAUAUUCACCUUGGUUUUUAGAACUCAAUCCUCGAGGCGAAGUACCAGUCCUUAAAGUUCGUAAUGAAGUUAUUCCGGACUCUACAAGAAUUAUUGAUUACCUGGAAUACCAUUUAGAUCAAGAACUUACUCCGAUUAUAAAUGUGUCACGUGAUAGUAAAGUUAUUAAAAACAUUAAUCGUUUCCGAGACUUGUUGGAGGCAUUGCCAGCUGGUGUUAUAACUGUGGGUUCAUUUUUCCAUCCUCACUUAUGUGGAACACCAAAAUUGCCAUUUGUAUUCCCAGUUAGAGAAGUACUUAAAAGUGGUGAUUUGGUUAGUUCCAAAAACCUAAGAAAGCUGGCCGAAGAAAAUCCUAAAGCUAAAGGAAUUUUACUAUAUAAAGCUGAGAUUCAAGAUAGAAAACACGAGAUAUUAACAAAUGAAGAAGAAUAUCUAAAAGUUUUAAAUAUAGUUGAUGCUGUGCUGACUCAAGUAGAAGACCAAUUAAAAGAACAAAGUGAAGAUAGUUGGUUAUGUUGUGACAAGUUUAGCAUAGCCGAUGUUAAUUUGGCAAUUAUCCUGCAGCGCUUGUGGGAACUUGGGUUAGAGGAAAGAUUUUGGGCAGAUGGAAAACGGCCUCAUAUUGAGAACUACUUUAACAGAGUAAAACUUCGAGAGUCAUUUGUUAAAACCAUUCCAAAUCUGGCUGUUCACAUUAAGUUGAUUUUCACAUCCCAGCCUCCAGCGUAUGUCGGAGCGGCUGGUGCUGUAUCUGUUGGAGUUGUCCUGGCCCUCGCUUAUAUGUUAAAGAAACUUAUUUAGAAUUUUGUAUUUGAUUUAUCACUUGACUGAGUGGUAAAACAUAACCUAUAAAAUCUCACAUAUUUCAUGAAUAUGGAGGUCUAGGUUGUGACUUAAAGAUUUAUGAUAAUGGUGCUUUCUUAUAUUACAGUAAACUUUUAAUCUUUUGUUUAGAUAGGAGAUAUGAAACACCUUAUCAUGUUUUCUUUGUUGUUUCAGUUUCAGUAUUAUCACAAUGAUUAAAUCGAAUAUAACAGUAUUACAUAGGAUAUAGUCUGAAUAUAUAUAUCUACAUUCAGUAUUAGGAUUUUCAAUCUAUGAAAUUAAAAUGCAAUGUUAAUGAGUUUUUCCUUUUUAAUGCAAAU